CCUCCCAAGUGAGGCACAGUCGAUAGAACUCACUACAGUCGCCCCCACGAGCUUCGUCAUUCAAAUUAUCAUGCUUCGUCUUCGCUCUUUCUCCUCCAAAUUCAAACCCAGAUCAAUAUCUUCUCAUUCAACACACUACACUUGCUCAACAACCCAUGACUUCUCAACUCAUCUCUGCAAUUCCACAACAAACCCACCCUUUUGUCAUCCCCAAAUCAAUCCUCCAAUCACUCCCAACCUAUUCACUCCAUCUGGGUUUCCUCCAAAACAUCCCAAUUCCAUAUACUCACUCCAAUCCCCAAAUGGGUACCCUUUUUUCCACAAAUUUAACCUUCACACCAAUCAAAUCUCUUUAAACCAUGUUUUCUUAGAUGGGCAUUCACUGAAUUGGAAAAAAGUUGGAAAAUUUAAUGGUAAUGGAAUUGGGUUUUCGAGGGUUCGGAGUUUCUGUAGUGAAUCGGACAGAGAGUCAAUCAAUUAUGAUGUUGUGAUUGUUGGAGCUGGGCCUGCUGGGUUGUCUGCUGCAAUACGAUUGAAGCAAUUGUGUCGCGAAAAGGAUGUUGAUUUAUCGGUUUGUGUUGUUGAGAAAGGUGCUGAAGUGGGUGCUCAUAUACUAUCAGGGAAUGUUUUUGAACCUCGGGCACUAGAUGAACUUCUCCCACAAUGGAAGCAGGAAGGGGCACCUAUAGAUGUCCCUGUUUCUUCAGAUAAGUUUUGGUUACUCACCAAGGACAGAGCAAUUUCCCUUCCAUGUCCUUUUGAUAACAAAGGAAACUAUGUUAUAAGUUUGAGUCAAUUAGCACGUUGGUUGGGAGAAAAAGCUGAAGAAUUAGGAGUUGAAAUAUACCCAGGCUUUGCUGCUAGUGAGAUUUUAUAUGAUGAUGAGAAAGUUAUUGGUAUUGCAACGAAUGAUAUGGGAAUUGCCAAAGAUGGUUCAAGGAGGGACAAUUUCCAAUGUGGUGUAGAAUUGAAAGGACGCAUAACACUUCUUGGUGAAGGAUGCCGAGGGUCAUUAUCAGAGAAAAUAAUGAAAAAGUACAAUUUGAGGGCGAAGGUGCAGGGACAACAUCAAACUUAUGCUCUAGGAAUUAAAGAGGUUUGGGAAAUUGAUUCAAGUAAGCAUGAACCUGGUCAUGUACUUCACACCUUGGGUUGGCCAUUGGAUAACAAGACAUAUGGGGGAUCUUUUCUAUAUCAUACGAAAGACAGACAGGUUUCUCUUGGCCUUGUUGUUGCUUUGAAUUACCACAACCCUUUCUUGAAUCCUUAUGAGGAAUUCCAGAAACUUAAACAACAUCCGGCCAUCAAACCUCUUCUUGAAGGUGCUACUGUCCUCCAAUAUGGUGCCCGUACAUUGAAUGAAGGCGGGUUUCAGUCUAUUCCAUAUCCAGUAUUCCCGGGUGGAGCAAUUAUUGGAUGCUCAGCUGGCUUCUUAAAUGUACGAAAAAUAAAGGGCACACAUACUGCCAUGAAAUCAGGAAUGCUAGCAGCAGAAGCUGCAUUUAGUGUACUUCAUGAAGGCUUAAAUAUGGAAACAUACUGGAACAACUUAAAAAAUUCAUGGAUAUGGGAAGAACUUUACAGAGCUCGGAACUAUCGACCAGCUUUCGAGCGAGGACUUUUUCCUGGUUUAGCUUUAAGUGCCUUAGAACACUACAUAUUGAAGGGAAGAUUCCCCUUGACACUGAAGCAUGGCAAACCUGAUCAUAAAGCAACAGAUGAGGCACGCUUACACUCCCCAAUUCAAUACCCAAAACCAGAUGGGGUUGUGUCUUUUGAUGUGCCUACUUCUCUAUACAGGAGCAACACAAAUCACGAACAUGACCAGCCAGCACAUCUUCAACUUAGAGACUCCAACAUUCCUGAACUUGUAAACCUGCCGAAGUAUGCUGGACCCGAGUCGCGAUAUUGCCCUGCACGUGUAUACGAGUAUGUUGCAGACGACAAGGGUCAGCUGAAGCUGCAGAUUAAUGCCCAAAAUUGCCUGCACUGCAAGGCUUGCGAUAUCAAAGACCCAAAGCAGAAUAUUGAAUGGACUGUGCCGGAAGGUGGUGGCGGCCCAGGCUACUCCAUCAUGUAGACCGUUUGCUUGGAUUAACUGCGCGCAAAAUAAAAAUGUAUCCCAAUGUAUACAAUUACAAAUAAAAAUCAAUCUAAUUGGAAAAAAAAUUAACCUGUGCUGAGGUUUUUCUGCAGAACUCCAUAUCCUGUAGUUAAUAUAAAUUGUAAUUCCUUCUUGUUCCCGUUUAGAUCAUUUGAUUGAGUAGUCGUUGCAUUGUGAAUUCAUGUCAAGAGAUUCCUCCACGAAAUGCACACAAACCUUUAUUA